AUGACCCUUGAAAAAUGCAUCAAAGCUAAUAAAGAACAUCAAAAAAUCGUUAAUAUCUUGGGAAAAGUUAAAAAUGUUAUAUUUGGUGAUUUAGAUACAAGUAAGAAGUAUACAUCGACCAAUAAAAAUGAUCCACCGCCGCCGCCACAAGUGAUUGAAUGGCUCGAAGGAGAACAGCACAGACAGCGAAGUGCAUUUAUGAAACAAAUGCUAGCACAAAUUGAUGGCACUGAUAAUCAAAUUCUCGAACUAGAUAAAAAUUGGGUUGAGUAUUACUGGGCAAAAUUUACAGCACUGCUUGGUUAUUGUAUCGAAAAACUUUUUCAAAAACCAAAUGAAUUAAGCAAAUUAUACAAAUUGGCUGCUGGUUUAAAAAAAAGCAUUCCAGUUACGAUCUACUAUGAAGCAUGUUCAAUAUGUCUUGAUUUAAUUAUCGAAGUAGUCGAUCAGGACCCCAGAGCUUGCAUCACAAAAUGCGGUCAUAUUUUUCACUAUGACUGUUUAAAACGAGCCUUCGAACAACAAAAACGAUGUCCAAAUUGUCGAAGAGAUUUGAGAAGUUUGCCGGAAAAGGCAACGGCAAAGGUUAUUGGUCUAAAAGAGGUACAAAAUCCAUUAAAAGCAAAUGUUAGUUGA